AGACAGCGCGCGCGCGCGUGCGCGUGUGUGUUUGUGAGAGACAGUCAGGGGUGGUGGUGAGGAGCUCCAGACCGGCGCAGAGAGGAGAGAGGGUUGUGCCCCACCCCUCUCGGACACGUUGCCCAGGGAAAGGCUGCACGGGCUGCAUGGGACUCCCGCCCGCCCGCCCGCCCGCCUUCUAUGGAACGUACACGUUUUCGGCGUUCCACAGCCUAUCUUCCUGCGUCUGCUGGUUUCAUGGUUUCACUCCAUCAGCAGUGAGCUCGGUCCUGUCCGCUGCAUGUCCUCAACUCUCCGAGCCGGACGGGAAACACACGGUUCACUUCUGGUCCGUGAUGCUCUCUGCUGGCUGAGAGUCCAGCUCCAACAUGUCGACCUCGGACUCGGAUUACUCCAUUGACUGGCUCGCCAGCGAUGAGGAUGACUACGACAGCCCAAAGAGAUUAAGUCCUCAGCAUGCAGAGGAGUUGCCAUUGCCGCCAUCAUCCACCUCAUCCUUAAGAGAGUCUCCUAAAAGCUGCUCCCACUCCCAGCAGAGGAGGAGGAAGGACUACUGUGACUGUAAAGAUGAAGGCCGCUGUGGGGUCGAUGCUGACUCUCCAGCGGUCACUCCGGUUCAGGGAUUUACGUCUGUUUGUGAGCAGCUUUCUGUGGAGUCAAAGCAUCAUUCGACCAGGAAAAGAGCACACAGCGCUGGUUCGGACGGACUCUGUGAAAAGACUCAGCCAGACACUGAAAAUGAACUAUUCUCACAGAAGUGCGUGGAGCUGCGCUGCUACAUCCAGCCUCUGUCAACCAUCCUGCGGGGCCUACGAGCAGGCAGGUACUCUGAACGUCUCAGCAGUUUCCAGGAGAGCGUCGCAAUGGACCGCAUCCAGAGAAUACUGGGGGUCCUUCAGAAUCCAAACACGGGUGGACGUUUCCUCAGCAUUAUACUGAAGAUAGAAGAAAUGCUUCAGAGUUGGUUCCCUCACAUCAGACCAGUCCUGACGCAGACAGACGACUCUGGCACUCCGGCUAAGAAGCAAAGGCCUCAUGCCUCCCCUCCUCCAUCCUCUCUGGGGUCGCUCUGCUCCUCAGACUCCUUCCCCCACCUCAAAUGUCUCCACACGUCGGCCAUCUGCUCCCUGAAGACGCCUGAAUCGCCGCUCGGCCAGCCCGCCGCCUCUGCCUCCGCCUCCCGUCUGCCCGCACGCUGCAGCCAGGAAGUGACCCAGGACAACGCCGUCUCCUCCAGCACCGACUCGCACCCGGGGCCCCUGCGCCGCCUCGGUGCCAGCGCCCGCCUCAGCCGGGGGGCGCUGCCCUUCAAGAUCAGCUCGCCAUGUCUGGAACGACUCCUGCGGGCGCAGGAGAGCAUCAUUGCUCCCAGGACUGUGGGAGAUGGAGGCUGGUUGUCUUGAGAGAGAGACAGGACGCUUUAUGUGCUGUGGUGAAAAUCAGAGGCUGAUCCGGCUGAGACAGGAUCUCAUCUUGGUUUCCACAGACGAUUCAAGGCCUUAAAAAAAAAAAAAAAGCAUGUUUCAAAGUCUUCUACAUCUUUUUUUUUUUUUUUUUUUUAAAUCUACAGCUGACGUGCAGUUUGCUCAGACGUCAGGAACCCCAGCAGAAAGAGUCCGACAUGACAGGGCCUCGGUUAAAUGGGUUUCAUGCUUCUUGCGGUCGGUGCAGUCGGGGAUGUGCAGAAGGCACGCACGGUCGCUGCGACCCGUCUGGUCGCUCAUAUUGAUGGCGGUCAAAAGCGGCUGCUCCAAGAACGGACUUCUUCACUCCAUCAGCCAAUCAUUGCAACUCGGGCUGUAACGAUAUGCGAUAUGAAUCCGAAAUCGCAACACUCAGAUCCACGAACCUGUGUCGCGUGUGAGAAGGCAGAAUCGCACACACACCCCUUCCGACUCCCAGAGUUAUCGAAUUCGGCCAAUAAGGAGUCGGUUUGUUACAUGGGCGUAAAGUGGUCUCCCCAUGGAUGGAAGGGUCUUCCUCACAUUUCCGAAGAGAGAAAACGUAGCAGUUGAGUUACAGUAAUAACCAAGCUAAAUGAACUUUAACAAAUUCAAAUCGUGGGUCAAAAAUCGUGAUAUCGUGGGUUUGGUGUAUCGUUACAGCCCUAAUUACAACGCGGUCUACGACACCUAGUCCGAGUUGUCACAACAUUUUGGCGAUGCUCGGCGCUCCGACCCUCCACACACAGUGGCCCCGGUCUACAUCGCCCAACCGCGCUGCCCGCAAGAAGCAUGAAACACGUUUUAGAAAGUAGACUUUUAGGACACUUUAAAAAACAGCUGUCUGUGUGAGGAAACACUGGAGCUCUGUGUUCAGUUUUCACUAAUAUUUGAGUUGGAUACAUUUUUAUCUUCUGAUGAGUUCAAAGGUUAAAACAGUGUUGGCAGACUGUUACUGAGUGAACAAAUGAAACAGGAAUCAUGAGCUCUGGGGUUCUUCUGAAAACAUGGAUCGAAAUAUUAAUGAAGGCGCAUUACAUCUGGA